GCUAACAAUUAUUCAUGCAUGUGAAUAACCAAUCAUAUAGUGUCCUGGACAGGUCUCUGUUGACAUUUGUUUUGAGAAUAACCUGUUACAAAGAUACAUAAACGUUAAGUUUCUGAAGCCACAAAAUGGAUUUAAAAGUGUAUUCUCAAAAUAUAUCGAACUUCAUCGCUGGGAGUUACAUCACCUCUGCUAUCACAUUAGGGAAGGACCUAGGGCUGUUUGAUGAGCUGAAAAGACUUGACAAGCCCGUCUCUUCACAGCAGUUAGCAGACGCCUGUAAUCUAAAAGAGAGGUAUGUCCGCGAGUGGCUGGGCUGUAUGGUCUCCACCAGGAUCGUGUUCCUGGAUGACUCGGACAAAUACUUCAUCCCUCAGUCCCUCAAACCGGGACUUGAUUCGACUGGAUUUGCGUUCCUUUUCCCUGUCAUUAGUACUAUGACGGAUAAAGUGAAGAACUGCUUCAGGAAUGACGGGCCUCAAGGUUAUGACUGGAGUGAAAUGCCCAAUAAACUGAUUGACGUCACUGAAGACAAAACACCGGAUCCAGACAAGGCAGUAGAGCAACUCCUUGUGCCAGUCACGAAGUCCAUAAAGUCGAUGACCGCUGUACUCGAUCUAGGAUGCGGAGCAGGAGUCCUAACUAGAGCGUUGAGUAGGCACUGUCCAGACGCAGACAUAUACGGUGUUGACUACAACGAAGGUGCGAUAACCAAAGCAAAAGCUAAUGCUGAAUCCCAAAGUAUCAAAAACGUGACGUUCGUGACAGAAGACGCGACGUCCUUGCCAGCCGACUGGACAGGCAAGUUUGACUGGGUGAUCUUAUUUGACGUCCUUCAUGAUCUGCCUGAUCAUGUUAAUGCCAUGAAAGAGGUUCGUCGCGUCUUGAAGGACGACGGUGUCGUGUCGAUUACUGAUCCGGAUUUACACAGUAACCAAAGGGACAACGUAGGAGAUCCAAACGUGGCAGGAGUAGGGUACGCCAUCAGUACUAUGAUUUGUCUCCCUUGUAGUUUGUCGAUAGACGGCGCUCCUGGUUACGGCAUGGGCUGGGGAACGGAAAAGAAAGAAGCGUUUUUGAGCAGUUCUGGCUGGCGAGUGAAGGACAAAAGCAACAUACAAAGUUCAUUUGCUUUAAAUUUCACAUGUGUGAAGGCAUCCAAAGAAACCUAGAAGAUUAUAGUAUCAAUGCCCAUUCACCAAACUUCUAUGAGAGGUGUGUAUCGUCAUGAUGUAACCUAUUUUCGUCCUUAUAUUCAUACAUGGAUUUAAUCAGAUUUUACUUUGAAUUAGGCAGUAUCUAGCAUAGCUAUUUUUUCAUCAUAUUGUCAAACCUCUCCAAACAUGACAAAAUGUGAUAAUAAAACAAUACCAGAACAAAUCACUUAUGACUGUAGUACAUACAAUGAGAUGUUUAGGAAAUUUCAUUUCCAGAUAAGCUGAGUCCCGAUUUAGUUCUGCCAUUAAAUGUAUCGCUCUUGAUUGUAUUCAGAUGUUUAUAAAAUUGUUGCAUUUCUUUUUAUGAUUGUAUGUAAUUAACAUUAGUUAUACACUAAGAGGAAUGCUUUCUUUUAAAGGUAGAAGUUACUACUGUUGUUACACAAGCUGACCUCGAAUAUCACGACCAAGCAAAUCUUUACACAGGGGAUUUUUGUAGUAUAACGCGACCCAGGGAAAAGUCCCAUGAAAUAUUUGGCAGUCGCAGACCCAAAAAAGUAAGGUUAAUAGGGUAAUUAUUUAAAAAAACACUUCAUUCGAAUUAUUUUACAAUUUAUAUUAUCUAACAACACAAGAGUGGACAAAUAUCGUAUGUUACCAAUGUAUUUAAAAGUAAGUCAUUGCGUAUCAUAAGAGAGCAUGUAUGCUUACUAUUUAAAAAAUAGCAUAAAAUAUCUCAAUUUUGGUCAAUUAUAUGGCAAUUUGGUUAAAAUGUUAUAAGAUAAUGUCAAAAUAUGUAUUGAAACAAAUAAUAUCCGUAUAUAUCAAGGUCAGCGCAUCAGGGAUGCCAUAUGGUGCCAAUCUUGUACAUACUUCAAUCAGCACCGCUUGCUUGUACUAUUCAAGCUCCCUCAGACAUAAAAGGACUACAAUUACCAUCUCAAAAUAUAAUUAAGCCUAGGUGGAUUUCCUUAUGAUCUUCAACAUAUACACAGGACAGAGGAAUCAAUAAGAAAGUCAUGAUGUAUAUUCAAAACAUAUUAAAAAACAUCACACUAAAAAUUGAUGUUGAUAAAACAGAAGCUAUAUACCUGGGGAUAUGGAAAAAGAAACCCCUAUUUCUAAUCAAAUCAAAUGGGCCAAACAUUUAAUAAAAACGAUAGGAUUCCAUCAUUGAUAUAAUAUAGACAUAGAUAGCAUAUGGAAAGAAAAGAUUGAAAAAUAAAAACUGCUCAAUGUAUGGAAAACCAGAAAUCUGACUCAUGAAGGUAAGGUACUGAUAAUCAAAUCAUAAAUUUUAUCAAUGAUAAGUUUUGAUAUUGAAGCAAGGGGUAUUCCAGAAAAGUACAGGAAUGAAAGAAAUUUAAUGAUAUGGAAUUUCAUAUGGGAUGGGAAAAAAAUCUUGUAAAUAGGAAGACUUGAUGUAAUUCAGUAGCAAAUGGUGAAUAUACAGAGUAAAUGUGUGAAAACAUUGAAAAGAAUAUUGCACAUCAACUUUCAAAAUUUGGAAUGCAUUUGUAAACUUCCUCCUGAAGAAAUUAGUUUGGAGAUUUUGUUAUAUAUUUUUCAUUUUUUUCAUGUUCCAGUCUAAAAGGCAUUACUUUGAAUAUCAUUCCAAAUUUUUAUCAACAAUGUAUUAAAUCUUGCUCAAUUGCUAGAAUACCAAUCAAUAAUAAAAAUGAGAUCUUUAACCAGAAAUUAAUCUCCUAGCCUCAAGGAAAAGUAUCUGUUCAAAUCGUUACAGUUAACCCAUUUCGUUGUUUUAACAAUUGUUCUGCCUUUUUUCAAUAAUAAGGGCUAAUUGUACAUACGAGGCAUUUUGAAAUAAGCAUGCAACGUGGUAUAGAUAAUAGUAAUAUGAUGAUAGAUUAUUUGUGAAAGUUUCAUACUUAUCGCACAAUGCGUUUUUACUCAAAAACACAUUUUCUUGUGUUUUGGAAUACAAGGACUAAAGUGUAUCACCUUGUCUAACACCAAAUAUUUCCUUACAAUACUAUUAUAUUAUUGUACUCCAAAACUAUGUUAUUCUUUAUGCAUAAAUCAACUUCUCUGUGGUUAGAUGAUCUUACCAUGCCGACUGACAAUACCAUCGGGUUUUUACUUUGAUUGGAUAAUAAACAUUUACACUAUUUAGACAUUUUUAAAGUUUAUUCGGAGAUUUUAUUUCGUGGUAAAAAUGAACUUAAGUAUAUUUUCUAGAAAACUACACACUUAUUGGAAUCAAUGUAAUUUGUUAUUUUUUUGUUAUUUUUUUUUAAAGAAAAGUCAAAUACAUAAACGCAGAAAAGAUUUACAAAGAGAUCAAUGAAGAGAUGACGACAUCUACUUAAAAAUAGAUAUAAUUGGUGCACAAAUCUAGGAAUGUCUCUAGGGUCAGGACCCUCCAACCUUCCGUUUGAAGAGAUGGAGAGAGGGAAACUUAAUAUCUUCAGCUUAUGCGUAUACGGUGCCUUGUCUUUCCCCCUCCAUACAUUUUACUCAGAUUUUACAUAAUUUGACAUCAGAUCCUAUACCUUGUGUAAUACACACACCCUCAGGGCAUUUCAACCCCAGUUUCCCCUGUGCUAGCUAUAGGGUUCAGACAGGUUAAUGAUACUUAUAUAGAAAAGUCAAUUUGGAUACCAAUAUAUUUAAUUAUUCCUUAACAAACAUUUUGUUGGUAUUCAGAUAUGCAUUCCUGUAACUACAGUACAUUGUUCCCAUCAUGAACGAGAAAUUAAAUAUAUUUAGUUCAUAGUAUUUUGUCCUAUUCACACAAAACAUGUAGUCACCUCCAUGAGCUUACAGAAAAAAGACUUAUAUUUCACUAUCAUGUAUUGAUUAAUAUAACGAUAGUCUGUAGACUGAUAUGUACAUGUAUGUAAUACUGUUACAACUAUAAAUGAAUUUUAAUCAUGAUUAUGUCUUUAAGACAAAGUAUUAUGAACUUUAAACCACCAAUACAUGUAUAUACAUGUACCAUUUUAAAGAAUAUGAAUAGGUAAUAUCUACAAGUAAUAAUCUAUUUAUUGAUCGAUUUGUUGAGCAGUCGAUAGAGGAGAUGCAUAAACUGAUGAAAAGGCUAACAUAAUACGAUAAAGAAAAUUACCUUGCGCACUGUAAUUAACUUCAGUGCACAUCGAUGUGAAUUUCAGUGCGCACAAGCUAGCGAACUGGAGUUAAAUUUUCUUGAAAAUGUUGAGAUUAAAUCUCCAAAUUGGCAAUACUCAAAAGAAUGUUAUACAAUGUACGGCGAAUUUCACUGAAAGAUGAAUGAUCAAUUCAGGUUAACCACACUUACAUAAAUAAUCAACAGAAAUACAUGCAAAGCAAAACAAAAUUCAUCAUAUAUUACAUCAAGGCGAUAUUUAUAUGACAGAUAUAUUUACUAAUAAUGUAUAUUAAUCAUUACCAAUGUGUUACAAACGUUGCACUUCUAAAUAUAUAUUCUUAUGAUUGUCGCAAAUCACCUACAGAAUAUCUAAAUAUUUUUAAUCUGAAAAACAACAACUUAAUCAAGUCAACAUUUAGAGCAACACAAUACGGUACAAAGUUGUGCAAACAAAACGUUACAUUUUGACAAUUCGUCAAGCUAUUUUAAGAUUUGAAUUAGAUAUUUAUCUGAAAUGUUGAGUCCGGAAGGGUCUUUUGUCAACAUUCCGUCCAGCUGUGGUAUGAAGCUAUCUCUUUACUGCUGGCUUGGUCCUGUGCUGAGACCGAAGCUGUCCCUCUUCCUGUUCUGUAUUUGGAUGUACCAAAGGAACGGACCAGGGCACUCUUCAUAUAACACUUUUUCAAACCUGGAUCUCCAUAGAAGUAUUCAGUUCCCUGAUGUCAACAUUCAUUUCUGCAGCAAGUUGCAGUGAACUACCUGCUUUGUACACUGAUGUAGGGCAAUAUACUGCAUAUUCUGGCCCGUAAUCCAUUUUAUUCGUUUUGUUUCAUCGAGAAUAUUUGUAAUGUUAUCAUUUAUCAGUACAGCCUUAUAACUAUACGUUAUCUACCAACAUAACAGAUAUAUCGCCUUUCAUAUAUUAUCUCCUCUUCUUGUUACCUGAAUCAAAUGUAUUACUGAACACAUUGAGUGGAGCUGUUUUGUCAUUUUAGAGUCAUGCUAUUUCGAGUUAUACAUGUAACAUGUCUUCUAUAUUAAAAUGUAUUCAUUUUUCUGU